UUGAAGGGAGAAUACAUUUGGAGCAACCAAAUUUAAAAAGAUGUGCUUUGUGCAUCAUUAAGAUUCUGUGGGGAACUUCUUGUAUAUGUAUCUUUAACAAACAUUUUUAAAUGAUUCUUUACAGCACAAAAAAGCAUUCCACUAUUGUUACAAAAUCACUGAACCUUUUUUUAGUUCUAUAUAGAACCUUUUUUGUUGAGAGUAUACUAUAUUGUUUGAUUUUCCAAAUGUGUAUCCAAGUCUUUAUAUUUUUGCAGCAAUCUUCCAAUUACAAUUGUUUACAAAUAAUAAAACGUGAUGAAGCUAUUACAAUCUAAUAAUACAAAGUUAAUGAAAUAUAAAUUUAAAUUAUUCUCAGUUUCCUACAUUCUUUCUGUAAUCGAUUACAAGAGGGGAGGAGUUUUGUGUGUGUGUGUGCGUGUGUGUGUGUGUGUCAGAGAGAGAGAGAUGAGGGGUGACAGAUGUCUUUUCUUCUGUCUCCCCAUCACUUGUUUUAUUCUUGUUGAUGAGAACCAGUGAGCGCCACACAAAAGGUAAUAACACUUUAGCAUUCCACUUUAUUAAUUUUAUAGCUAAUUGCCAAAUACCUCAAACUGCAUUUUAAUAAUGAACAGUGUCCUUCAUUUCCUUUGAAGUUAUUAUUAUUAUUAUUAUUAUUAUUAUUAUUAUUAUUAUCUUUUUGCUUCCAGUAAUAGUUUUUAUUUGAUAUACUAGAAAAUGUAAGAACAUGGGAAAUAAUUUAAAUAUUACACAUAUUUUUUAUUUUAGUUUAAUAUUUUUAAUAAUUUAUUUAUGUAUUUUUUCCAUUUCUAGCAUACCAAUAGGACUGGUGAUUUCUUCACAUGCAAAAUUUUUACAAUUUAAUAAAUAUGGAUUGUGAAUAUUUAGAAAAGAAUAAAAUCUGUUUCCAGUUGAUUUGUUUCACAAAUGACAUAGGAUUUUUUUUGUUUGUUUUGAGUUUUUGUUGUGUUUGUUUGUUUUCUUUAACCCAGCUUAACCAAACAUUUAGGAACACUGAAUACCUAGGGGGGGAUUAAAGUGUGUGGGGGUCUGGAAGAGAGCAAGAAAUUUUAAACAUCUGUGGAUUCCUGGGAAACAUUGGAAUCGGAAAUGUCAGUGAAAAACUGAAAUAUUUUGCUGAAUUUAUGCUGUUAAAACAGGAGGACUGCAACUUUAAUUUCACAAUGUCUUUUUAAUAUGAUAUUUGUUCCCCUGUUAUGUCAUAAAUUAAUAUAAUUUAUAUAAAUAUGAAAACUUGGUUUGAAUUAGCAGAAUGUUUAACAGGUUAUUGUUUAUAUCUAGGUAGGUUUUUAAAAACUGGAACAGGCUAAGCAUCUAAUUACUCAUUCAUAAUAUUUUUUAAUAAUGUAUGAUGAAAUAUAUAUCACUAAUCUGUUACUACAAUCAAGUACAAUUUUAUAAAUACAAAAGUCUUAAAAGUGGAUGACGAAUAGAAUGUCAUUAGUGCAUGCAUGUUCAUUUUAAUAGUUCAACUCAGAUGAUUCCUAGAGUAUACUUGAAGUAGACCUUAUAGUAGACCUGUGAGAUCUAAACAAAAUAUGUUUUAAUCUAUGGAGUAUGCUAUUAAUAUUUUUUUUAUCAUCUUGUAGAUGCAUUGUAGCUGCAGUUCAAAUAUGGGACCUCUCAUUUCACCGUACUGGAGCCAAACAGUGCUGUUUCCUGAUUGGGCAUAUAAACCAGCCUGGUCUCCAGGUUCUCGGCAAGUCCAGCUGUGGCAUUUCCUGUUGGAGUUGUUAGGGCGGGGUGAGGGCGGAGUUAUCACAUGGAGUGGUGAAUGGGGAGAGUUUGUAAUCCAAGACCCUGAGCGACUGGCUAAGCUGUGGGGAGAAAGGAAGGGAAAGCCGCAUAUGAACUAUGACAAACUGAGCAGAGCACUGAGAUAUUACUACAAUAAGCGGAUUCUCCAUAAGACCAAAGGAAAGCGAUUCACGUAUAAGUUUAACUUCAGUAAACUGAUCUUGGUGAACUAUCCCAAUCUGCCCAGCUGCCAACAGGUCUUUCAGUCUGGAAACUCUCUCCCAUUUUCUCAUUUUUCUUCUGAGGGAUCACUUUACAGCCCACCUGUGGACAGAGAAGCAGACGUCAGUGAGGAAGAGGUGCCCCAGCGUCUGUACGCCGAACUCAGCCCUGCCUGAGAAUGACCGCCAUGCCCUCUCUGUCCCAUCGCCACACCGCUGCUGCUAACAGCUCACCAAGCUCAGCUCCGGGAUGACACCCACCUCACUCCACCUGCCGCCUUCAUCUUCACCCCCACCUGCUUCCUACACCAAUUCUUAAAAUAAAGAGCACAUUACCCAAACUCCUGCCUCCUGGUGUCUGCGUUCAGCCCUCCUGUGGUCCCGUGUUGUCACAGUGGUGGAGGAUGCGGGCAUGAACACAGACCCCAGUACCAAGAUGGACCCCAGCAAUUCCUUCAUUGCUUUCCUAAUGGGGGAGGCCCAGUUGGCUUACCAUGCGCCUUCCCCUGAUGAAGCCGCCCAGUAUGACCUGGUCAAGAAGGAAAUCCUCCUACGCUGUGGCUGCUCCCCAACCAGUGUGGCGGCUGAGCUCCACUGAUGGAGUUAUGACCCGAAAGCCACCCCUCACGGCUAGAUGGACAUGCUACUACCCAUCGCCAAGAGAUGGCUACAGCCGGCAGUCCUCUCUGCCACCGAGUUCAUUAAGAGGGUGGCCAUGGACCGGUUACUGAGGGUUAUGCUGCCUGAGGAGAGGAAAUGUGGGGUGUGGGGUGCCCACAGCCCCCAGGAAAUGCUGGAGGCACUGGAGCAAGCGGUGGCCACCUUGGAGAUCGGCAGGCGCAAACGACGAGUGUUUUCCUGGCCUCCGCCAGUGAAACGCCCAGACCAGCACUCCCAUGGGGAGGGGAGACCCAGCCAAAAUUGCUCCAUGGGACUAUCAGGGACGAGUCCAUGCCUAUGGGCAUACCCUGCCGCACCUGGCCAUGCGGACAUAGCCCUGACUCGGCAGCUGUGCUGUCCCAAGGCGAUCCCUCCCAGCCUUCCCACCAUCCCUGUCGAGGUCAACGGCAGGCUAGUCUCAGCCCUCCUAGACUGAGGGAGCACUGUCGCCUUGGCCCGUCCUUCCCUUCUGUCCACUCACAAAGCCAAUGGCUCCUUGACGGUCUCCUGUGUGCACGGGGACAUCCGGGAGCUACUAGUGGCCCACGCAAGCAAUGGCCGCUCCUCGUGGACCUUAUCCUGGAGCUCCCCGUACCCUUGCUCCUGGGUUGAGACUGGCCAGGAUCCUCUGCUGCCAGGGCCCCCAGAUCACAGGAGAACCAGAGCGAUGCAACUGCAGAUUUGGCAGUCCUGCUUGGCCCAGGGCGAAGGAGACGCCGAGGCGACCUCAGCAGGUGAGACCUCUAUCCCCACUAACCCUGUCAUAUCUGUGUUUUUACAGGUUGUCAGGGAAGGGAGCAGAAAGAGGAUGCCAGACUAAAGAACUGCUGGUCACCUGGGCCAGGUGCAGGUCAUCGAGGGAGUCCUUCAGAUCCCCGAGCAGCAACUCCCAGCAGCCUACUUCCUGGUAGGUGGGGGCCUCCUGUACUACAAGACGGAGCGCUGCUGGUGGUCCCCCUCAGAUGAACCCAGACCCUCAUGUACCUGGCCCAAUCACACCCACUGGGGGGACACUUGGGGGCCUGAAGCACCUGAGGACAACAUUGAAGAGGAUGCUCUGGAGGAUGGUAGAUGAGGUGUGGAGGAACUGGGACCUUCGCCUCCCCUACGUCCUCUUCACCAUCUGAGAGACCCCCCCAGGCAUCCACUGGGUUCACCCCCUUUGAGCUCCUCUUCGGACAGCGACCGCGAGGACUGCUGGACGUGGCCCAGCAGGCAUGGGAAGAGCAGCCCUCCCCCUACUGCUCCCUCAUCGAUUAUGUUCAGGAGAUGCAAGAACGGAUCGACUGGGUGAUGCCCAUUGUCCGGGAGCACAUGGAGGCUGCCCAGCAAGAACAGAGGAGGACCUACAAUUGUCCCACACAACCCCGAGAGUUCCAGCCCAGAAACCAGGUCCUCCUCCUCCUUCCCAAUACCUCCUGUAAAUUCCUGGCUUGCUGGUAAGGCCGUACACAGUCCUUGAGAAGGUGAGCCCAGUCAACUACCACCUGCAGCAGCCAGAUGAGUGUGCAGACACCCAAUUAUAUCAUAUAAACCUGCUGAAAAAGUGAUCUGAACUGAAAAAGUGGACUGAACC